GGACCCGUCUCCAAUGCAUGUACAUUAAUAAUGUAAUAAGAGGUGAAAAACAAAGACUACAAAAAGGGCUUCACUCCUCCUCUUUUCCCACAAAUCAGUCAUCACCAUUCACCACCGGUCAUCACGCCUUUCUCCUCCUUCUGUUUCUCACAGUGGACAACAUGGGCAGUCACCUGCAUUGGACGAUGCUUUUGGGUCUGCUUCUAAUGGUGUCCGGAACUAUGGGAGCUCCUCCUAGGAGAGCAGUGAAUGUGCCAUUUGGCAGAAAUUAUGUGCCUACAUGGGCUUUCGAUCACAUUAAGUACUUCAAUGGAGGCUCAGACAUUCAGCUCCAUCUGGAUAAAUACACUGGUACUGGCUUUCAAUCCAAAGGUUCUUACUUGUUCGGCCACUUCAGUAUGCAAAUAAAGCUGGUCCCGGGUGACUCUGCCGGAACAGUGACUGCUUUCUACCUAUCUUCUCAAAACUCUGAGCACGAUGAAAUAGACUUUGAGUUCUUGGGGAACAGAACAGGGCAACCCUACAUUUUACAGACGAAUGUGUUCACGGGAGGAAAGGGAGACAGAGAGCAGAGGAUUUACCUCUGGUUUGACCCUACCAAAGAUUACCAUUCCUACUCUGUUCUUUGGAACCUUUAUCAGAUUGUAUUCUUUGUGGACGCCGUGCCCAUCCGAGUGUUCAAGAACUGCAAAGACCUGGGGGUGAAAUUCCCAUUCAACCAGCCAAUGAAGAUCUACUCGAGCCUGUGGAAUGCGGACGACUGGGCUACCAGAGGUGGGCUUGAGAAGACUGACUGGUCCAAGGCCCCAUUCGUUGCGGCCUACAGAGGGUUCCACAUCGACGGAUGCGAGUCGUCGGUGAAUGCCAACUACUGCGCCACCCAAGGAAAGAGAUGGUGGGAUGGUCCUGAGUUCCAAGACCUUGACCAGAGCCAGUGGAGGUAUCUCAGGUGGGUCCGCCAAAAGUACACCAUCUACAACUACUGCACCGAUCGUGUCAGAUACCCCACCAUGUCACCUGAGUGCAAGCGAGACCGAGACGUUUGAUGAUUUCAACUCUCGCUCGCUCGCUCACUCACUCGAUCAACCCUCCCCUCCUAUAUUGCAUUUCCUUAGGCUUGUGUUUUUAUCAAAUAUCAUUAUCAUACAACACACACAAACAAAGCCAUAGCCUCAUAUAUUUAUGUAUCUAUUCUAUGAUUGAUGUCCUAAGGUUUCGUUAUCAUUCAUUUUCAAAUAUGCACUACUACUACUACUGCUGCUGUAUUCUCUCAAUGUAACACUACCCACUAUUGUUAUGGUUGUACUAUUGGAUAUUAUAUAAAUAUGGUUUACUUUACAUAAA